UAUGAAGGCUCUGCCAUCGCGGCGAAGCUGGGGCGUGAUCCACGCCUGGAGGAGGCGAUCUAUCUCAUCAGGUGAUCCACACAGCAGUAGCGGCCCUAGCAGCAGUAGCAAGCCCGAUGCCUCGCAAUCGGCCGUGCACCCGGCGAUGCGAGGGCGCCCCGAAGAGCUGAGCGACUCCGAGGAGGGCAGCAACAAUGCAGCGAGGGAAAAGAAGCGAUGGGGGCAGCAGCUGGCUUGGCUUAGUGGAAUUCUCGAGCCGGCAUUGAAUCUCUAUCACAAGGCAUUGCCACCAGGAAAGUCUGAAGGAAACGCUGGUCCUCCAAGCACUCGCUCGCUCGUAGACAUCGCUGCUUGUCUUCACAGAAGUAACUAUGGCAUGCAGCAGUGGGGACUAGGAGAUUUAACGCUCGGCUUGUAUCUCCUUUCUCUUCGCCAUGCUGCCGAAGGCGCUGUGGACGUGGUCGAAGGAGUCCAAGUUAAAUCCGAUGUCCUGGUGGAAGAUUUUAUCUACUAUGUGGAGCUUGCCAAGGGAGCCUACUUGAAAAACGAGGCAGCGCUCGCACGGAUUUCCAUGCUCAAGGAGAGCAACGUUGUUAAGUUUGUGGAUAAGGCCAGCGUGAUGCGACCUGCGUAUUACAUCGGGUUGGAUCACAGGGCGCAAACUGUGAUCCUGGGAAUCCGCGGGACUCAGUCGAUUCAUGAUCUCAUCACGGACUUGGCAUCACACGGCGAGGAAGAAAUUUUCAACGAGGGCAAUGCUCAUUUUGGGACAGCACAAGCUGCAAGGUGGUUUUUUCACAACGAGGUGCAAACUUUAAGGAAAUGUUUGCAAGAAAACAUGGGGUAUGGACUUCGUAUUGUUGGCCACUCUUUGGGUGGUGCCACAGCAUCUUUGCUUGCGAUGAUGCUACACAAACGAUCGGUGGAACUUCUUGGUAUUCCUCCGGAACAAGUUGCGGCCGUUGGUAUUGCAACACCACCCUGUGUCUCCAAAAGUCUGGCUGUAGAAUGCGCAGGCUACGUGACAACGCUAGCUUUACAGUAUGACGUAAUACCACGAAUGAGUGCUGCUGCAUUGGAAAGACUGCGAGACGAGAUACUUCUGCUCGAUUGGAUGAAUGCCUUCAAGGAGGAGGAGAAUCGCACAGGCCUUCUCGACAUGGUGGCCAGCACACUUCAAGCGAUCUCUUCUGUGCAGGAAGCAGCGCGUAGAUACGCCAUAUAUGCAAAGCUUCGUGGUCUUUCAGAUGAACCAAAACAAGAAGCCACUCCACAAAAUCCAAAAAACCAAAUCAUGGAGAAGGACGAAUCUUCAAAGAGUGAGGCAACAAAGACCGUAAAGGAACAUGAGGAGCUAUACUCACCAGGAAUUCUUUAUCAUCUUUGCGGUCGAGCUUCGAUGAAAGAUCAACAUGGUGACAGUGCUGCUCAAGGAUGCUCGCUCUGGCUGGUCAAUCGCGAUGCGAGAUUUAGCAGGAUUGUGCUCACUGGCUCGAUGCUAUCCGAUCACAAAUGUGACAGCCACUACUACGCCUUGCGAGAUGUUCUCAAGAGCCUCCCAAGGUCAGAGAGGCGAUCACCAUUGCCGUCAGUUCGAGACAACACGCUGAACGAUAAGUAGCUUAGCAUAGUUUUACAGAUUGGAGAUCUAACUUUCCAUCUCUAGUAGCAAGUCGGGUGCUCGCAAACCGACUGGAAGCACGAGGAAAGUCAUGAGGAGAUCCACAAAGUCCUUCUUGGCCUCGAAGAACAAAAUCUUGCCACUGCUCUUUCUUGUACAGGAGAUUCACUCGCAUCACCUCCGCGGAAAGCAGCUCGAGUCGAACGCGACAUAGCCGCUACUUUUCACCAAGGAUGAGAAAUCGAGAGCAGGAAGAACACCCCGCGAAAACACGCCCAAUUUAUUAAGAAAGCUUAACUCCACAAACUUUGUCAUCAUUUUUUCUAGUGUUUACGUAACUAGCACAAACUAUACGAGAAAAGAACGAGAAAUCUAAAAUCAUGACAUGGUUUUUGUGAUUGAUCUAGAACUGAUAAUAAGAUCGCUUUGAAACGUAA